AUGCCGUUCUUCGAGUUGAUGGCAGAUUGGAUCAUGGACAUGACCGUUGCGCUUCUGCUGCGGUUCUUUGCCGUCACCGUCAUCUUCGUUACCCUCACGGGCGCCGCCGCCCUCCUCAUGAGCUCCGUCUACCAUGGUUUCCGAGAAGUCGCGCCUCCUGAUGUCGCCGCAACAGCAUCUUUCCUCUUCACGAUGCCAGUGCGAUUCGGCGAUGCUAUCGUGCGUGCUCUCCUUGGUGCAAGAACGGAGCAUUCAACGAUGGCAACGGAGCAAUGCUGUCCGCAUCGACACGGCUGUUCGCGACUGUUGGGCACUUCGAUCACGCACGAGCGCGUCAACGCGCCCAUUGCCUUGGCCAAGCGCCAUCCGUCGGUGCUUCACCCGCAUCGCCUGUCCUUCGUCGGCUGUCUCGAGGGUACCCUGCAACAAGAUGGACCGGAUGUCAAGAUUGGUCUGCUGCAGCUCUCGUCCGACCUGACCGUACCCCUCCGCGUCCCCAGCACCUCGCCCCUAUACCGUGACCGCCGCAUCGGCAAGCAUCCUCGCACCAUCCUCUUCGUCCAAUCGGUCGCACUCAACGCCAUCAACGAUGCGGUACUGCUCUUCGAUCGCGAUGCAUCGUACGAGAUUGUCUCCGAGGACGCGCACUGCUCAUUUGACGCGGUGAUGCAGUUUGCGGCCCAGUUGGACAAAUUGUGGACCGCAGACACGAGGGGUGUUCGGACGAUCAGGGCGACGAACGCGAAGAAGUCGGCCGGGCGUGGCCGAGCCAGUGUGCCAGAUGGUCAGCCCGGCAGCUUGGCCUCCCCUUUCCCGUGCGAUGACUAG